AUGCGGGGCGUCGUGCUCGUCGCCAGCUUCCUGGGCGUCCUUCUAGCGCAGGGUGCCGGCAAUCCGUCGAUCGAGGGGUCUCAUGUCGACGAGGAACGCGGGUUCGCGAUGCGUGAUUUCGAGCUCCGACCGCCGUUCCCGAAUCUCUACACCGCUUGGGAUACGACCGGCGAUUCCGUGAUGAUCAACAACCGAAUCAGUCUCACCCGCGACCAGCGCUCGAUGCGAGGCACGAUUUGGAGCCGAGCACGUGUUCAAGAGCGAGAUUGGGAAGCUCAGGCUUCUAUCCGAAUUUACGGAAAUGCAGGCAAGCUACAUGCUGAAGGUAUCGCCCUCUGGCAUGUUGCUGAUGCUCCACUGCCUGGACCAGUGUUCGGUGUCAAUGAAAAUUUCAAAGGCGUUGGAGUCCUCUUCGACACCUACAAGAACGAUCCGAACAACCACGAGUCGUACCCUCGACUGUCUUUGGUAUUGAACGACGGCACGCAGAACCUCGACUGGGACAAGGACGGCGCUAACUUGAACCUUGGCAGCUGCCAUGUCACUGGUGGAGCUCAAAGUCCGGACACCGAUGCUCGCAGCAACAAGGUCUUCCGGAUUCUUCUCAGAUAUUACAUGGAAAAUUUGGAGCUCUACUAUUCGCAGUAUGAUGACUUCAAGUGGACCGCUUGCGCCAAAGUUGAAGCCGUACGCCUUCCUACCAACUACAUUUUUGGCAUGUCCGCUUCGACUGGUGAUCUCACGAACAAUCAUGAAAUUGUUACUUUCAAAGUGAGUGCUCUUGAUGCGCCACCCCAUUCAAGCAUGCCAGCCGUUGUGCCUGAGCAUAAAGUAGACACUCCUGCUCAACCCGUCAUUCAGCAAUCCGAAGGAUGGGGCUGGGGAAUGAAGUUCUUCUUCCUCCUUCUGGCUCUCACCCUCUGCGGAGUCGGCUUCUACAUCUACAAGGCCGUCUGGCUACCGAAGGUUCAGAUGCGCAAACGGUUCUAC